UUUUUUUUUUUGGUGACUUUUUUCAUUGCGUCUCCCUUUGAACUCCUUCUUUCUCUCUAGUUCUUUCUUUUUUUUCUUUUCUUUCAUUCAUUUUCUUCCCUGUUUUUUUCACAUAAAAAAUAUAGAUAUAUAGAUCUAUCUAUUUAUCUAUCUUGACUAUUACAUUAUCUCUCCUUAUUCAUUCGUUAUACAAAAUAAUAUGAUGGCUUGCAUGAAAGGUCGGAAACGUAGAUAUUCUGAAGACGAAGAAAUGGGAGAUGCAUUACCUAUUCUAUCACCCACUCGGUCCUUUGUAGUUAAACAUCAACAACGAAGUAAAAAUGACUGGAAACGUAAUAAAACUGGUCUUAAUAAAAGAACGUCAUCACCUCUCAACUUGAAAUUAGCUACCAUGGAAAAGGAUAAAUUAUUACAAAUACUUGCAUCUUUAUUAGAAUCACAGCCUGAACUCAAACAUGAUAUUAUGAAGUACAUCCCACCACCUACUAUUCCUUCUGCUAUCUCUGUUCUCACUGAUAUGGAAAAGAAAUUGGAAGCUAGUUUUCCCUAUAAUCGCAAUGGACCUCGACGAGAUCAAUAUACUUUUUCUCGAGUUAGAGAAUCUCUUUUGGACUUGAUUGAUACCAUUACGCAAUAUAGUCAUCAUUUUGUCUCCACUGCUAUUUUCCCUACAACUUGUUUUACAUUCUUGGAUCAAGUGACAUACUUUGCUCAUCGAUUACCUACUUGGGAUAAAGAUCAACACAAUCAACCACGACAGGAUUUAUACAAUGAUUUGGCCUUAUUUUGGAAACAAGCCGUACAAAUGACCUUUGAAAAAUUCUCACAAGAUGCAACUUUUCAUGCUGAUACCAUUGAUUCAUGGGCAAAAAGCUUAGCUCAUCACAAUACCUUAUCAAAUGGGUUAUUAAGUGAAGCUGUUUAUGAAUUCAAUCGUUGUCUUUUAUCAUCAUCAUCUACGUCUUUCAAUCAAUACGACACAACAACUAUUCUUUCUCCUUCUGCCUUUACAUCUCCUGGUGCAUGUCAUCCAUCUCCUGUUACUGCUUUGGAUAUGACUCCAUCUCCCGUAGUUGGUUAUGCUGAUCUUCGAAGAUAAAUCUCCCUCCUCCUUACCCAUUUGUUUUUUUUUUAUCAUCAUUUAAUUCUUAUAUUUUUUUUUUUAUUUUUUAUUAUCUUGUCUUUACCCACACUCCCUUUGUCUAUUUCUCUUAUGCACAUCUUUUUUUUUUUUUUUCUU